AUGAGAUUCUCUAUCUUUUUGCUGAUCUUUACAAGCUGCAUUCUUGGUGUCUCCGGGAAAUCAAAGUUGAGCAAAUCUCUGCGCAUCCAAGCGACGAAUGUCCCGGUGGUGGUCUGGCAUGGAAUGGGUGAUAGCUGUUGCAAUCCAUUGUCGAUGGGAGCCGUGAAGAAAUUGAUCGAAGAGACCGUGCCUGGGAUUUACGUCAAAAAUUUGAUGCUUGGCGACAAUGUGGUGGCGGAUAUGGAACACGGUUUCUUCGCAAACAUGAAUGAUCUAGUUGACGAGGCGUGUCAACAAAUACAAAAGGAUCCCCAGCUUCAAGGCGGCUACCAUGCAGUCGGCUUCUCGCAAGGAGGACUUUUUGUGAGAGCGCUCGCCCAACGAUGCUCAAAUCCACCAGUGAAGAAUCUGAUCUCUAUCGGCGGGCCACACCAAGGAAUUUUCGGUCUUCCCUAUUGCAUUGGAGAUACAGUGAUUUGCGACAGUAUUCGCCAUUUACUCGACUGGGGAGCCUACAUUGGACUUGUGCAAAAUCAUGUUGUCCAAGCGCAGUAUUGGCACGAUCCCCUCAACGAAUCCGCUUAUCAAAAGAAAAAUAUUUUCCUUUCCGAUGUCAACAAUGAAGUGACUCUAAACGCCACCUACAAGGCUAAUCUAUUGAGGCUGAAAAAUUUCUUGCUCGUCUUGUUCUCCGAUGACGAGAUGGUGGUGCCAAAAGAGAGUACGUGGUUUGGAUAUUACAAGCCGGGAACAGUGAGCGAGGUGUUGCCGAUGAAUCAAACGGAUCUCUUUCUUCAGGACAAAAUCGGCAUCAAGAAACUCUACGAGAGCAACCGUUUGCACUUCUUGACCGUCAAGGGUCGACAUCUCCAAAUUUCUCGAGAAGUCCUCGUCAACGAGGUCAUCAACAAGUAUUUGAAA